AUGGGACAGUCGUCAAAGAUCCGUACGCCUCAGAGGGUGGUGAAUGCAUGCGUACGAUGCCGUCACCACAAGAUCAAAUGCUCAGGGUCCUCCCCUUGUACCCAUUGCCAGCGUCGCAAAGCAAGCUGUGUAUUUGCGGGAGAAGAGCCCAAAGUGCAGAUAACCAAAAGACGGCUCUCCGAAUUGAAACAACGCACAUACGAAUUAGAAAAAGAAAACCUGGCACUUCAAGAACGGUUGAAAGGGAAGCAGAAUGCUGCCAAUAUUCAUGAACCUACUCGGUCUGGUGCUUGUGUGGACCACGAAUAUCCCGAUUUCUCGUUCUCUACACCUGGGUCUACCUCUGAUACGCAAGUUGGAGUGGAGAGUCCAGAAAUACAAAACUCGCUCUCUACUGGACCGGCAGAAUUCAUCAGGGAUAUUACCGGGGAUCUUCACCAUCUAGGACACACAUCCAAUUGGUCAUUGACUAUGCGCCUGCUCCAGAUGACCCAUCAAAAUCUUUACAAUUCACCGUGCCCUAAUGGUGCUCAUCAUGUUGACUCCAUGACAUAUGAUUUUGGAUGGAAUGGUAUAAGGCACGCGAUUAUUCCCAACAUCCGCGGGUUGCCGUCCUUGGACCAUGCGUUAUUCCUCAUCAAGGCCACAGAGUUCCACACAUCACCAAUGUUUCACUUAUUUGAUGAAAAGACGUUCAUGGCUAAGCUGUACUGGUUUUACGAAGACCCAGUAGAGAGAGUACAUCUUUCAGGACUCUGGUUUAUCCACCUUCUUGUUCUUCUAGCCCUAGGAAAGGCUUUUCAUGGCUCAAAAGGCACCGGCAAUACUCCACCUGGGGCCGAUCUGUUUGCAAGAGCGUUUAUGUUACUCCCAGACUACUGCUACCUGUGGAAAGAGCCUUGCAUUGCUGGAGAGCUUCUUUCUUCAAUCGCUCUCUAUCUACAAAGUAUAGAUUGGCGAACUUCUGCACAUAACAUGAUCAGCCAGGCACAGCGAAUCCUUCUGGUGCACGGAUUCCACGCGAGCAUACAUCCGGACCUCACCGACAUGGCAGAGCAGACCAGACGCCGGAAAAUCUGGUGGACAGUGUUCAUUCUGGAGCGUCGACUGUCAGUUCUAAUGGGGUUUCCUUUAGGUAUUAGAGACCAGGAUAUCCUCACUCCACCGCCGAGCAUCCCCGAGUCGCAGUCCCAGGCUGAAGCCGCAAUAGUCCAUGUGAAAUUGUCAAAGGCGUUUGGUCACAUCGUCGAUACGAUCUACCAUGGCAGUGGCGCGUUAGGGUCUACUUUCGUCAAAACAGCGCAGGGUGUACUCCACGACGUUGCAAAUGUUGCGUCUGAGCUCGGGGCUUGCCUGCCACUCCCCGGGUGCGAUUCUAUGAACGGCAUAUCAAGACACACUGCCUAUAUGAAUCUUUUCUACCAUGAUUGUAUAAUUCUAUCGACUCGACCUUUUCUUUUCAACCUCGUCGAGAAAUGUAUCCACCCCGAAGUCCUGAAUGCUCCAGUCCCAGCAUCAAUCAAAGGGUUGAUUGAGAUAUGUAUUGAAUCGGCCAGAAAGACAGCAUAUAUCCUAGAAGAGGUCAUGGAUCAGUCUCUCUUAGACUGCUUCUUGCCUUUUCAUCUUGAAAGUACUGUUUCGGCUGGGCUCGUGAUCACUAUGGCUCUGAUGAUCAACCCCGCAUUUGUUGAAGUAUAUUCGCAGACGAUGCAGACUCUUUUCCGAAUUCUCGACAAGAUGAUUGACGGGGGCAAUCUCAUCGCAGUUGAUCAAAAGAAUGAGCUUAUUGAACUGCAAAAUAAUCGUGCACUACUGCAACCCAUGAAUAACUCAAUGACCCCUGACCAAGGCAUAGCUACCCAGAUCACCGACGAUCACAUUCCCUAUAUUGAUGCAGGUCAAAAUUCUGGUAGAUCUGGACCUCCUUCAAUGGAUCUGGGACGAGACAAAUCCUAUAUAGAUCCGAUUUUUGAUAUGUCACCAUCUCAAAUCAUGUCCGUGGUGGACUUGCUGAAUACGGAUGACCUGAUUGAUUGGAUCACGCUUUCUAAUGAUGGUGGUUAA